GACUGACAUCUCAUGUUCUUGAAACCAUUUCUGUUGCCACGCAAAGUGUGCAGGUGCCUUUUCUGGAUCAAAGUACAUCCGAUUCAGUCACAUGACACAAAAGAUCAUGUGCAAAUGUAAGUCUAGACAUGAAUCUUGGUUUACAUUUGGCAAAAAUGUUGUUCACGGGUUGGUCAUGUCAAGGUUUUUGUUGACAUGAAGUAGUGGCGGGCAGUGACAUCAUUUUCAGUGUCAGUAGGUGGUGCUGUCUGUAAAAAAAAAACUACAGUAUGUGAGGUUUCAUUAUUGAUAACUGACAACAGAACAGGUAUGAAACAUAAAAUCUCUUUCGCCACAACAGAAGAAGAGGAGAAAACUCGACUAUAAUUUUGUUCCUAAACUAUUAUAAAACUAGGAGAAAAUAGGAAACUAGUGUCACCACACUGUGACAUUGUAUGCUUGAUAUAUUUUUUGACUAUGUGUAUUACAUUUUAUUUUAUGAUUCUCUGUAUAAAUUUAGAGCUUACAUCAGUCGGUGCAUGGAUGAAGUUACCACCACUAAGUCUGUCACUACUCAGACCAACCAGAAGCCAUAGCUGACAGGGGAGGUCUUCAGGUUACUGAAGGUCCGCAACGCUGCCCUCAGAUCCAGAGAUGUGGAGGGCCUGAAGAUAGCAUGCGCCAACCUGUCUCGUAGACCAAGUGGCUGAACACCAAGAAGAUCACCCUCAGCUUCAGUGACAGCAGAGACACCAGGAGUCUGUGGCGAGGAUGACCAGUCCAUCCACCUGUGACAGCUCAACUUCCCUGCUGAUCCAUCUCUGCGAGACACAAGCCACCGUGCAUCCUGUAGAAGUGUGUUGUUGGAUUGAAGGAAAAAAAAAGACUUGCAGCAGGUUUGUUAGGUUUGCAGAGUGUGGGAAUUACAAACAUUUCUUACAUAUGCUGUUUGGAGUUUUUAAAUAAGUUUACACUGAGCAUGUGACCCACAGAGAUCCGAGCAGCUGACAGCGGAUUUCAAGGUCCCUGAAUUCCGUAUAAAAAGUGACAGAUCUAUUGGGGGCUGGGUUUAUUUCUGAGUGGAUUUGCGAGUCAUUGAAAGCAUGAGAACCCUCCAGGCUCUGGUUGUCCUGGCUGCGAGCCUCGCUUUGGCCCAUUCUUUGGACUACAAAGCUCUGAACCAGUUCAGGAGCAUGAUAGUGUGCCUGAUGCCGGAUAGCUGGCCGGUUCUCGACUAUGCUGACUACGGCUGCUACUGCGGAAAGGGCGGAUCUGGCAAACCUGUGGAUGAGCUGGACAGGUGCUGCCAAGUUCACGACCAGUGUUACACGGACGCUAUGCAGCACGACGACUGCUGGCCCAUCCUGGACAACCCCUACACUGAGUUCUACGCCUACGACUGUGACGAUAACAAGAAGAAGGUCACGUGCGAUAGAGGCAGCAACGAUGACUGUGAGCACUUCAUCUGUGAGUGCGACCGCAAAGCCGCCGAGUGUUUCGCCCAAGCCCCGUGGAAUCCAGAGAACGAGCAUCUUCCCAGCGACCAGUGUGAAUAGAUGGUGAACACAGCCAUUUCCAUCAGAG